AUGUUCCUACUCCAACAGGUGAUGUCUGGGAAGUUGGUCGUCGGGCUGAAUCCACACGGUGAAAUAACCUCCUUGUUAUUCCCGGGCCGAGUGUCGCUCCACAAAGAACAGAUCAUGAAUUGCAUCCGUAAUGCAUUUUCUAAAGCAAAAACAUCAGCAGAGAUGAUUCAAAAAGCAGUGGAGGAUAAUUUAGAAAAGAGAAAGGGUGUGGUCAAGCCAGGUGGUUUCACAAAUAGUCUGACCUCUGAUGCUACUUAUGCAAGGAAGAGAAUCACAAGAAUAAUCCCAAGUGGAAUUAAAACAGAAUUUGUCAUCCCACAAGAACCAGUGGAGGAUCUUCAAGACUCUGUCACUGAUGUAAAGAUGGAAGACAUUGUGCUCAACUCUGAUCAAGAAGAUGAUCCAACACCUCCCAGGAAAAUAAAACCACGAGUUAAUGAAAAAUUGCUUGAGAGUACCAGCACCAUGGAUGUAGAAAAUGACAGUGAAGAGGAAGAGGUUGCAGGAAAAUUGACUGCACAAGAUUUGCAGUAA